AUGACAACCAAGACGGAAGUGUUGACAGCAGAGAUUACUGAGCUGCAAUCGCUAUUGGACGAGACCAAGACAGCUGGUAAUCGUCAUGACCUGGAGCAGCUGCUACAUCGCAAGGAAAAGAUGCUGGAGACUGCUACGAUGUCGACGUUACCACCACAUCAAUUGAGAGAAGAGACAAGUACAGUUCCAGUGACUCAUCCUGUUGCCAGUGACGUUGCUGUAUUUACAGAGAUUAGUCGGUUUAGCUGGGACGAUGAAGGAUAUGGAAAGGAUAAAGUAGCAGUCUAUAUUAUGUCGGGUAUUGAUGGAGUUGGUAACUUGCCCAAGGAGAAUGUGACGUGUCACUUUACCAAGACGUCGUUUGAUCUGAAGAUUAUUGGACUGGAUAACAAGAACUAUCGACUGGUGAAACAUUAUUUGGAAAAGGAAAUUGACCCGUCCAAGAGCUCCUUUCGUGUGAAGAAGAAUCGUAUCACAAUUUUGCUGCAUAAAAUGGAUAAGAACAAUACGUGGAUGAGCCUUACGGCUAAGAACCCACUCAAGACGAGCAAACCCGACAUGACCGAUCCAAGUGCGGGCAUCAUGGACAUGAUGAAGAAUAUGUAUGACGAAGGCGACGAUGAGAUGAAGCGGACCAUUGCCAAGGCGUGGAGUGAGAGUCGCGCGAAAACGGGUGCUGCUAGCCCCUUCUAA